AACCUUCUCCAGAUGAUGUACCAGGAACCGGCGCGGUGGUCCUACACCUUCCAGACCUUCUCCUGCCUCAGUCGGCUGAAGGCGAUGCUGGAGCUACCGCCUGAGCGCUUCCCCGGGACCCCCCACCCCGUGCGGGUCUUCGAGCGCUCCGUCUACAGCGACAGGUACGUCUUCGCCAAGAACCUCUUUGAGGCCGGGCCCCUGCAGCCGCUGGAGUGGGCCAUUUACCAGGACUGGCACAGCUUCCUCCUGCGGCACCUGGGCCCCCGCGCCGCCCUCCACGGCUUCCUCUACCUGCGGGCCACGCCGCAGACGUGCCUGGAGCGGCUGCGGCGGAGGGCGAGGAGCGAGGAGGGGGGGAUCCGCCUGGGCUACCUGCAGCAGCUCCACAUGCAGCACGAGCGCUGGCUGGUGGAGAAGACCACCCAGGUCCACUUUGCGGACAUGAAGCACGCGCCCGUCCUGGUGCUGGAUGUGGACAAGGACUUCGAGCACGACGUGGCCGUGCAGGGUGUCCUCAUGGCGCAGGUGGAGGCUUUUGCAACGGCGAGCCAAAGCGUUGCCAUCGCCCCCUGA